AUGUGUUGUUUUAUAGUAGCCAAUCUGGUGGUUAGUGACCAGCUUAUGAUGUGGGCUGGAGGAGUUGUGGGUGCCAACCAACUGACUUGGGCCCUAUGGUUUGUUCCUUUUGGGGCAGGUAAUGUUCCAAAAUUCCCACGAAUCAAGGUUUGGAAUCCUUACAAGCGCCUUGGUAUAAGUCCUGAUGCUUCUGAGGAGGAAGUCUGGAGUUCUCGCAACUUUUUGUUGGAUCAAUAUGCUGGUCAUGAAAGAAGUGCAGAAUCAAUAGAAGCUGCUUUUGAGAAAAUAUUGAUGGUCAGCUUCAGAAAUAGAAAGAGAACGAAGAUCAACUUGAAAAGCAGGCUAAAAAAGAAAGUAGAGGAGUCUCCACCUUGGGUUAAAAAUUUGCUCAAUUUUGUAGAAGUUCCUCCUGCUGUCAUUAUCCUCAGAAGAUUGUUCCUUUUCUCUUUUAUGGCUUGUUGGAGUGUGAUGAAUUCUGCUGAAGCGGGGCCUGCUUUCCAGGUGGCACUUUCUUUGCUAGCUUGCAUAUACUUCCUGAAUGACAAGACAAAGAGCUUAGGUAGAGCUUUCGUUAUCGGAUUUGGAGCCCUUGUGGGAGGCUGGAUUUGUGGCUCUUUCUUGGUUCCAUUAGUCCCUUCAGUUCUCUUCCAACCAACUUGGACACUAGAACUAGUAACAUCACUGAGCACAGCAACCCAGAGAAUAGACAAUGAGGAUGAUAACAAGGAUGAUGAAGUUGAUAAUGGCCAAUUGCCUCCACUCUCUCUUCAUGUUGCCAAGAACUCCGACCUUGCACGACUUGCAGUCGAAGCACAGCUGCAUCUGGUCGUUGCUCCACGUCGUGCAGUCGGAGUCAGGCACGGCAGGGCCGGAUUUGGGGGCUGUCCAGACGGUGGCGUUCUGGAACUGGAAGCCACAGUAACUGGGAGGCUUACAGCAGCCCGACUGAAGAAACCAAAAGCCAUGAUAGUUUUAGAAUUAUGA